AUUACGUGGGAAUCAAAGAUCAACUGGGACUACGCUCCGACUGGCAUGAACCUCAUCAACGGGAAACAAAUAGCGGACGAUGAGCAUGCGUCAUUGUUCCUCCAGAGUGGUCCCCAGCGUAUUGGCAGUGUGUAUAAGAAGGCUGUGUACAGGCAGUACACUGAUGCCUCCUACCUCAUCGAGGCGCCCCGGCCCGGCUGGCUGGGUUACCUGGGGCCUGUGCUGCGGGCAGAGGUUGAUGAUGUCAUCAUUGUGCACUUGAAGAACUUUGCCUCCAGAAACUACUCCAUGCACCCUCAUGGGGUCUUCUACGAGAAGGACUCAGAGG